AUGGCAACAACAACACCCCAGCCGGCCACAGAUGCCGCGUCUCACCUCGAUCUCGCCAUCACCCUCACAAUCAACAAUUGGCCGGCCCUCUCACUAGCCGUGCAGUCAAACUGGGGCGGCCCCAACUCAAGCGAGAAGCGGGACUGGCUUUGUGGCGCGAUCUCUGAAAUGCUGGCUGAUCGACCCGAGACCGAUGCAGAGGACCUGGAGGAAGUGCUCAUACAAGUGAUGAACGACGAGUUCGACGUGGCGGUGGACGACGAGAGUGCCGCCGACGUUGCGGAUAUGAUCAUGGAGUUGAAGUCGCAAACGGAUCGUGGCGAGUUCGGUACUAUUCAACAGAUGUUGGAGAAAUUCCAGAAGAAGAGCCAAAAUCGCUCUGCUACGAAUCAGUUCCAGAGAGUUGAGGCGGCGGAUGAGGAUCAGGAGACGGAUGAGAGUGAUGAAGACGAUGUUGAGAUGGGUGAGGCGCCUACUUUGGUGCGGGCUCCUAGGGAGCGGGCUGAGCCUGAGAUUGAUGAUGAUGGAUUUACAAAGGUUGUUGGAAAGAAGAGGUAG